AUGAGUAGGAAUUAUUAUGAUGAUUUUACUUCAAUAGAUUGGGUUAAUGAUACUAUCAAAGAAUCCAAAAGGCAACAUCAGUUGAAUAAAUUGAAAGGAUGGAAAGGAAAUUAUGAAAGACAUCUUGAUAAAUCCCAAGGGUGGGUGCUUAUUACUUUGAUAGCAUUAGGAUUUUCACUAGUGGCGUACCUGAUUGAUAGAGCUGAGAGCACUUUGGUUGAUUUGAGAAGAGGUUAUUGUAAAUCAAAUUGGUUCUUGAGUGAGUCUAUGUGCUGUUUGAAAGACCCAACAAAUCUGUCAGGUAGACUGAAUUCAUGUUCUGAUUGGCAAUUAUGGCCCGAAGUUUUCCAAUAUACACCAGCUAAUGACAUUGUUGAGUUGGAUUUUAUUCUCUAUGUUUUGUUAUCAAUAUUGUUGGCCUUCUUCUCGGUUAAAAUUACACUAACUACAAAGACAACAAAUCCUUUAGCUGUGAUUGAUGGACAGCACAAUGAGAAGUAUACCCCACAAAGAACAAUAUAUUCAGCAUACGGAUCUGGUGUACCUGAAGUUAAAACGAUUCUUUCUGGUUUUAUCAUUAGAAAAUUUUUGGGUACCUAUACAUUAAUUGCUAAAUCAACAGCAUUAAUCUUUGCAAUUGCUUCAGGUAUGUCAUUAGGUAAAGAAGGUCCCUUUGUUCAUUUGGCUACUUGUGUUGGUAAUAUUUUUUGCAGAAUGUUCAAAAAGUUUAACAAUGGUGGACUAGAGCGUCGUCAAAUCUUAUCAGCCGCAGCAAGUGCUGGUGUUGCUUUAGCUUUUGGGUCUCCACUAGGUGGUGUGUUGUUCAGUUUAGAAGAAGUUAGUUAUUAUCUACCAGGAAAUCAACUUUUCAGAACUUUUUUUUGUGCUAUCAUGAGUAUUUUGUUUUUGAGAUUUUUGAAUCCUUAUGGGACUGGAAAAACAGUUCCCUUUGAAGUUAGUUAUACUUCGGACUGGAGACCUAUCGAGCUGGUGUUUUUCGUUAUGAUUGGUAUUGCCGGUGGUAUUUAUGGUGCAUUGUUUUGUAAAUUCAGUGUUUGGUGGGGGAAAUGGUUUAGGUCUAAGAAAUUCAUUAAAGGUCAUCCUAUAAAUGAAGUUUUAUUGAUUGCUGGCUUAACAGGGCUGUUGACAUUUUCAAAUCCUUAUACGAAAUCACCAAUUACUGAAUUACUCUAUGAUUUAGCCUCUCCUUGUUUCCAAUCUGGUGAUUAUACUGGUGAUAAAGGGUUGUGUCCAAUUGAUUUCAGUAACAUUCCACAGGAACUUUAUACGUUGUCAAUUGCUUUUCUUAUAAAAGUUGUUUUAACUUCAAUCACUUUUGGAUUGAAAGUUCCUGCUGGUAUUUAUGUUCCUUCAAUGGUUGUUGGUGCUUUAUUUGGUAGAAUCUUCUCCAUGUCAAUUCAAUAUAUCCAGAUGUUGUAUCCAAAGUUUUUCUUUUUGAAUACUAUCUGUGACGGCACAUCGCCUUGUAUUGAUUUUGGUAUUUACGCAAUGAUUAGUGCAGGUGCUUUUAUGGCUGGGGUUACAAGAAUGAAUAUCACUUUAUCAACAAUCAUUUUUGAAUUAACAUCCAGUUAUACUUAUGUUUUACCAAUUUCAAUAAGUAUUGCUGUUGCAAAUUGGGUUGCUUACGCAAUUGAACCAAGAUCUCUUUAUGAAUUGUUGAUAUUUAAGAAUGAUUUCCCAUUUUUGGCUAACAAAAAGUUGCAUGAUUUUACUAAAUAUACUGAUCUAAAAGAAUUGAUUCAUGGUAUUGGUGAUAGUAUUUAUAUUGAUGUCACAAAUAGGAGCUCUGCAAAAGCUACAGAAUUAAGAGUACUUUUGAUAGAACUUCAAUUGAAAGGGAUGGUUGAUGGUUGUAUUCCAAUUGUCAAAGACGAAAGAAACCUAGUUGGUAUGAUAUCAGCUCCUGAAUUAGAAUUUGCUUUAGACAAGAUAUCAAGGUUUUGUGAAGAAUAUGAUGUUGAAUCUGAUAAUAUUGAAAUCAAGUUGGUCAACCAUAAGGGAAAUUCAUCUGAAAUUGAAUCAUUGGGCGAAUCUUCGGUAUUGACUGUUGACUUGUUGGAGGUUGAUUUACCUCAUAUUUUGGAAACAAGUAACUUGAGUCAAGAAGAUGUUGCAAUGAUACUUUUGGAAAAAUUAUGUGAUUUUACCAAGAUUAUUGAGUACUACCCAAUAAUGAUAGAUGUUGACUCUCCAUUAUCGUUAGUUGAAACAAUUUUCACAAAGUUAGGGAAUCGAUACAUUUGUAUCUUGGAAGAUGGUCAUUUCAUAGGGUUUGUUCACAAAAAGAUUUUUAUAGACUAUUGUCGAGAUAGAAUGAUAUUAUAG